CCUCUCGUGCUCUCUGUUGAAGGAUGUGUCGUUUGAGCUUCUAAUAGAAGAAGCUAAAAUGGUGCUUCAAUCUGAUUGGCCCGCGGAGCCACUGCUGUUAACCAGCCAAUUGCCCAAGCACCGCAAAAUAUAAGAGAAUUUUCGCAAAUGGCAUUAUCCACACUGUGUAUUAAACAACACACAAUAAUAAUUAAAAGGCUAUUCAUUUACUUUCCUCCUCGGGCCGUAGAAAUAGAAUGGAGAAUAUCAGCUUUCCUUUAAGUUGUUAAUUUCUCUUUUGAGUUUUAAAUAUAUAUAACUACGGACUGUUCACGAUCGAAUAAAUACAAUCAGCCAUGUUUGAGCGAACUUGUAUCGGUUAAAGCACUCGCAAAAGAAAAACAAAAGUUAAAAGUGUCAUGUUUAACAGCCUGGGUGGAUUACAACUCAGUCGUAGUAGUCCAAAACUAACCUCUGAUGUCCAUCUUGUUUGCCGUUUGCGUAAAUGCAGGCGGUAGAUUCAACGCUUCCUCGCCGCACUAGUUUGAAGUCAAAUGUUUCUUCGUGCAAGAUCAGUAUGUUAACAUUGCGUAUGCGGGUGGAUAGCUAUAAAAGAACAUGCUGGUAAUUUUUUUUUUAAUCGAAACAUUUUAGGUGAAUUUUGUUAUGAAGAUUAGGAUAUCGAAUGUGCGAGUAGAAUGGCAGAUUAGGUACUGGUGUAGUUCAAUACUGGUGUAUUGUGGGAGAGACCGAGGAUCUAGGCUAGAAGCACAGAAUAUGUGUAGGCUCCCAAAACGGAGGCAGGAUCCCUAAACCAUCUAAUGUAACCGGGGAAGGUAAAGGAUCUCACCCUAUCGGUUCAAACAAAACGUUCGCCUGGAGUCACCGACAACAUGUCCAAGUCUGAAGACAGAAGCAGGCUAAAUAAAGAUCACGAUAGAAAGCUGAGUUCAAGUCUGGCGAACGGAAUGGAAAACAGUCAUCCAGUUUGCAGCUCGGGCGAGAAGCGAAGUCACCAUUGGAGAAGUUAUAAGUUGAUUAUUGACCCAGCUUUGAAAAAGGGAUCGCACAAAGUCUAUCGCUACGAUGGACAAACUUUUAGUCCGGGCAAUCCUGGAAUGCCACCGGUUGAUAUGGUCAGAGACCCGAGAAUCGUUUCUCUUUGGACAAAGUACAAGGAGAUCGAUCUCCCGGUUCCGAAGUUUAAGAUCGAUGACUUUUACGUGGGACCUGUGCCUCCAAAGGAGGUGACAUUUGCAAAGUUGAACGACAACAUCAGAGAGGGAUUCCUGAGUGACAUGUGCAAAAAGUACGGCGAUAUAGAAGAAGUUGAAAUUUUGUAUAAUCCCAAGAACAAAAAACACUUAGGGGUCGCUAAGGUCGUGUUUGCCUCUGUAAAAGCGGCGAAGGAUGCUGUCCGAAAUCUUAACAAUACUUCAGUCAUGGGAAAUAUUAUCCACGUGGAACUGGACCCGAAAGGUGAGAAUCGAAUGCGAUACUUCGAGCUCCUGAUCAAUGGCAGCUUCACCCCCAAGACUCUUCCAGUGGGGUUGGCGGACCCGCGGGAGGUGUCGCGGGAGGUGUCGCGGGAGGUGUCACGGGAGGUGUCGCCCCGCAGCCUGGCUGAAGCUCUACUGGCCUGCGAGCCACUGAAGAGGCUAACAGAGGGGAACCUUCUGGCAGCAGGGGGCGCCGGCACGCCCAGCACCACCAGCACGCCCCUCUCCGUAGACACGGCCUACUCCAGUGCGCGGCAGGACACACCCAACAGCUUUGGGCACACGCCGCAGUCGCAGGGCACCCCGCACACGCCGCGGCCUGCCGGCACCCCUUACUCCCAGGACUCCAGCUACUCCAGCAGGCAGGCCACCCCCUCCUACCAGGCCGGCCGGGCCGAGGGCUCGGGGGGCUACAAGGCUCGGAGGCACGACACCAAGUUCCAGGAUGCGUACAACCGCAGGCCGGAGCGACACUACGUGCACGGCACGGGGGGGGCCUACCGGGCCCUGGAGCCAACUGCUUUUAAGGCACAGCCCCCCGAGCCUCGGCAGCCACCCCCUCCGGAGCCUGCCCCCAGCCCAGCUGCUGCUCCCGCCCUCCCAAUGUUUUCCCACACGCCUCCGCCCCCUCCCAGCAGCACCUGCUACAGGACAUUCCCUUCGUAUGCGCCACCAGCUCCUCUCCCCUACCCCCCGACGGAGCCGCCCUUCCACCUCCCACCCCCGCAGCCCGAGCCAGACUACAGAAUGCCUCCCCCUGCCCCGGUCCCAGAAAUGCCCCCACCGGCAGUCAGAGAGAGACCUGUGACACCCCGCUCGCUCACCUGUGAGGCCCGAGGAGAUAUGCAGAGGUCCUGCUCUCAUUGCCUUUGGUUGAGGGGCCAUCAGUCUUCCGGUGAGGACAUGGAGAUCUCCGAUGACGAGAUGCCCAGCGCACCCAUAACCAGCGGUGACUGCGCCAAGGCCAUCGUGGUCAACACGGCGGUCUCUCCCAUGCCCCCCCAGACCAUCCCCCUCCCACUCCCUGGGUUCCCCCCGCUGCUAACCCCUCCCCAGAUCGGCUUCCCCAUGCCGCCCCCUCCCCUGCCGCCGCCUCCUCACCUGGCGGCCCCCCCGCACCCGAUGCUGCAGCCGCUUCCUCCAUUCCCACCGGGCAUGAUACCCAUGGACGUGACGGGUGGUCUGCCGCAGUGGGGGGGCAUGCACAUAUCCAUCCAGAUGCAGACGCAGAUGAUGAGCCGCCUGGCACAGAGCCAGCACCCUUACCCCUACCUGCCGCUCAUGGGUGCGGCCGGGGGCGGGGCAUUCAGCACACCUUUCCGGCCACCAACAAUCACCCCCAGCAGUCAGCCCUGGCACCUGCCUGCUUUCCCCCGGUUCAACCCCACGGUGCCCCCGCCUGGCUACAUGCUGCAGAAGGAGGACCCCCACAAGGCCACCGUGGACGGCGUGCUGCUAGUCAUUGUCAAGGAGCUGAAGGCCAUCAUGAAACGAGACCUCAACCGCAAGAUGGUGGAGGUGGUGGCCUUUCGGGCUUUCGAUGAGUGGUGGGAUCGAAAGGAGCGCUUGUCCAAGACAUCACUCACCCCAGUGAAGUCUGCUGACAGCAAGGAAGAGGAGAAGACCAAGGCCAAGGGGCCGGUGGUGGUGUCCAGCCUGCUGGAGAGUUGGAACAAGGGCGAGGGGCUGGGCUACGAGGGCAUCGGAUUGGGGAUGGGUAUCCGGGGCACCAUCCGGCUGCCUUCCUUCAAGGUGAAGAGGAAGGAGCCGCCAGACCCAGGGACUACAGGGGACACCAAACGGGUUCGUGCCUCCACCCCUGUGGAUGACGAGAUGGAGGAGGAAGAGUCUGAGCGGGACAGGGCAGACCUGUCCUCCGACUACUCCAGGAAGGACGGCGAAGGGUCAGUUCCAGUUCGUAGACCUACCAAGCUUGACAGCGAGGGGGAGGAAGAGGAAGAGACCUCUGAGAAAGAGGAGGAAGAGGAGUCAGAAAAAUCUUCCGACAAGUUUUCCUUUGUAAAGGACCAUGAUGAGGAAGAGGAGGAGAAUGAUGCCAAAGAGAUCUCUGACAGUGAUGAGGAAGAUUUCAACUCAUCAGAUGAGGAAGAGUUGUCUUCCUCUGGGUCAGAUUCGGAGUCUUCACGGGAAUACGAAGACUCCUCCACUUAUGACUCUAGCUCUGACGAGGAGCCUGCAAGCAGACGUGAUAAGGCAGAGAAGGAAGAGGGAGACGAGCGUCCUAUGGCCUCAUCUUCAUCCUCCUCAUCGUCAUCUUCCUCUUCGUCGUCCGUCUCUCGGUCUUCGUCAUCUUCCGAUGAGGAGGCGGCAGAGCGGGAGACGGCCAAACUUCGCGCCUCCUCGUCCGAGGUGACUUCGGAGAGGACCCUUCAAGAGGAGCCAGAUGUCCAGCUGCAGAGAAGGUCCACGGAAGUCGUGGACUCUGUCAGGACAGGCCGGGAUCGCCCGCCCUCUCCCCAAGAGCUGCAGCCGGAGCUGGCCUCCAGGGUUGGCCUCCUUCGCCCGCCCACUCCGAGCGGCUCCCCAGCAUACACCGACCUGGAGGUGCGGCCUAAGGGCACCCUGGCUGAGGAGGAAGAGGAGGAGGUGCUUCCGCUUACCCCAGGACGGGAGACCACCACACCUCUGGAAGCGGAGGUGCCCCGGCCGCCCUCUACCCUGUCCCUGCCCCCCCAAGUGGACUCAGUCGCUGAGGCCCGCUUCCUGCCGGGCCUUCCUGAGUCACGCUCGGGUUCUCGGCUACCCAGUGAGGAUGACGUGCCCCGCACCCCAGGGAGGGAGUUGCCAGGCAGGGGCCCAUGCUUAGGGAAAUCCCAGAGCACGGAGACGGUCCCCAGCACGCCGGGCGGCGAGGCACCUCUCACGGCCAACAGCCUGACGCUCGGCUCCCCACACAUUCCGGGUAGCCCCUUUUCCUACCCCGCUCAGUCCCCUGGGGCUGGUGGCGGUGUUCCCAGGACUCCGGGUCGGGAUUUCAUCUUCAUGCCGCCAUUCACAGACCAACGGAAGGCUUCGCUCGACAGUCUGGACGAACGCUUCCAAUUCAAAGAGCCGUCGCUUAGCUCCGCCCCCCACGCCAGCCUGCCCAAGGAGCAGGACGGGCUACAGGUGGCACCGGACUCCACCCCCCCCAAGAGAAAACCUGGCCGCCCCAAGAAGACCUCGCUGGCAGCCUCUUCUCCGGAACACCAGGGGGCCAUCUGGGCCUCUUCCUUGCCCCCAGAUAUCCCUGGGAAAGAUUUGUAUCUGGAUUUGGGCUCGGGGGGCGUGGCUGCACCCUCCCGCUGGACCGAGCCGUCACGCGUGGCCCUUGAUUUCAGGGAAGGUUGGGCAGAGCCAGAGGCGCGGGGCGCGACCCCCCCACGGGAGUUGGAGAGUAAGCUCCCUGGGGAGGAGCCGCCACCUCCCUCAUGGCACAAGGAGAGGCGUUUGCCGGCAUCACCACCCCUGCCACGGCCCAGGUUCUGCCUGCGCUCGGAAUUCGAGGAGAUGACCAUCCUGUACGACAUCUGGAACGAGGGCAUCGACGACGAAGACAUCCGCCUCCUAGAGGUCACCUACAACAAGAUGCUGCAGCAGGACAUGGGCAGCGACUGGCUGAACGACACGCUCUGGGUGCAGCACCCUUCCACCUGGCUCCCUGGCGUGAAGAGGAAGAGGCGGGAAGAUGGGAUGAGGGACCACGUGACAGGCUGCGCACGAAGCGAGGGCUACUACAAGAUCGACAAGAAGGACAAGAUCAAAUACCUCAACAGCACUCGGCUGCUCUCGGAGGAGCCUCCUCUGAGCUCCCAGGGCAGGAGCAAUCCAGCACAACCCCAGUCCUCUACGCGGGCCGGUUCUGAGAGGAGGUCCGAACAGCGGCGCCUCCUCUCCUCCUUCAGCUGCGACAGCGACCUGCUGAAGUUCAACCAGCUGAAGUUCCGCAAGAAGAAGAUCCGCUUCUGCAAGAGCGGCAUCCACGACUGGGGCCUGUUCGCGCUGGAGCCCAUAGCGGCAGAUGAGAUGGUGAUCGAGUAUGUGGGGCAGAACAUCAGACAGGUAAUUGCGGACAUGCGGGAGAAGCGCUAUGAGGAAGAGGGUAUCGGCAGCAGCUACAUGUUCCGGGUCGACCAUGACACCAUCAUCGAUGCCACCAAAUGCGGCAACUUCGCCCGCUUCAUCAACCACAGCUGCAAUCCCAACUGUUACGCCAAGAUCAUCACAGUGGAGUCACAGAAGAAGAUUGUCAUCUACUCUCGGCAGGCCAUCAACGUCAAUGAGGAGAUCACCUAUGACUACAAGUUCCCCAUCGAGGAUGUAAAGAUUCCAUGCCUCUGUGGGGCUGAGAACUGCCGGGGCACCCUGAACUAGGCCCCCAUCUCUUGGUGAUGCCAUGCCAAAUAAGCCAGCCAAUCAAGAAAAACAAUCGAAAUGGUGGAGCUGAAACAAGGGAUAACCCUGCCCAUUGCGCAGUGCUCAACACCACUGUCACUGGAUGUUACAGGACUUGAUGCAGAUGUUGCUUCCACCUUUUGAUUCUGGAAUUUCACCGGAAGUGUUCUGAUGUGGCUAUGGUUCCUCAGUCUGCCCGAAGCACCACUGUCCCCAUAUUCCCCGCCACCACUGAAGGGUUGCACUUUCAGCUCAGCGGUCUGUCGUCUUUUACCUUCCCCCACCAGGUUAAUGUUAAGCUCAGCGGUCCGUCAUCUUUUACCUUCCCCCACCAGGUUAAUGUUAAGCUCAGCGGUCCGACAUCUUUUACCUUCCCCCCACUAAGUUACACAUUAAGCUCCUUUUCCUUCGAUGUGAAGACGGGUCCUCCAAGUGGCCCCCACCCAGAUUGCUGCUGGUUACCCCCAUCCCCCUUGUCACCCAUAGUUCUCAUAGAUGGCAUGUAGAGUUCAUAUCAACUGUUUGUCUGCUGGCAGAACAUGGAAGGUUCCUCUAUACUCAUCAGGGCAUUGGGCCAUGUGUCCGGCACUCUUUGCCAAUGGUCAUAUGUGAUGUUGCUAAAUCACUUGCUUGACCGCUGAGAAGCAUGUUGCCAGAGCUGCUCAUCUCCCCAACGUUUACGUCAAGCUUGUUUCCUCCUCGUUCUUAUUUUAUGGCGCCACUUCUGAGUGAAGGACCCCGCGAAGACUUUUAAUUCUAUGAAGUUAAGCCCCAACUCAUUUACUACACUUAAAAAGCUCAUGUUUUUAGGCCAGUUGUUACACAUCUUCCUGAUUUUUAAUUAUUAUUCCAAGCUAGCAUUAAAACCACAGAAGUCACACUACAGUGUUACAGUCAAGAACGUUUGGAAGCUAGUAGACAGAAAGGGAUGGUUACAUGUGUGUAUUUUCCUUGGUGUUCUGGGGCAAGUUGUUUAGCGAAAAUAAGCACCAUCAGCAGUAUUAGUAAACAGGGCCACCUGCUGGCUGCAUGGCAGAAUGCGGCCAAGACACCUGCAUAGUGACAUGGACUGGGUGGAGCCGUGCACCAUCAUGAAUUUGAAAGGCACUUAAAAGCUGGAUGUAAAUCAUUUUUAAAGAUUUUGAGCUGUUGAGCUGACUCAGGCUGUGUUGAAAGUAAGCUUUUGUUCGCUGGUACUUGAACUGUGUCUGGAGGAGCUUUGUGGGGGCAGACUGGCGCUUUGCUUGCUGCUGCGUCCUUGUGGACCCCACUGUCUGAUGUCUUCCUGCCUUUUGUGCUCGGAAAUGUGCCUGUGUGUCCCCCAAUGGGAGCCUGGGAGUCCGGGACCCUUGUGGGACAGUUAGACCUACCAGCAAAGGGGGUGUCCUGCCCUCGUCCUCUUCAGAAGAAAAACAAAAAAAAAAAAAAACAUUUUUAAAGCAAAACAUACUCACCUGAGCUCCUACCUCUGCUUCACUGACAACCACAAUUUUACCCUCAGGUCUUCCACUAACAUUUCUGUUCUGUGUAAGACACUAUAAACUUGGUUAAGUUAUGAGGUUAGAUUUAUGAAGAAUAUUAUAAUGAUUCAGCUAUAACUGGUCUAUAAUGCACUUAGGCUUCAGUUAUGAGACGCCACAUUAUGACCUUAUUUUCAGAUUUCUUGGAGUGUACAAUGUUUGUAAAUAUGUACAGUGAAAGAUUAAAAAUGCUGUACAGAAAACAGAAGACAUUAUUUCACUAUCUUGUGUACAAUAUUCUAAAGAGCAUUUUUAUAUCCUCAGUGGCCAUGGCCCUUGAAAACUGUAGUUUGUGUUAACGAAUGAGAUGGGAGAGUCUGUGAAAUGUCAACGGCAAGUAAAUUCAGCUCUAUACUUUCCCUAAACAAACAAAACACUGGGGGAGAUAGUCAGUUCAUUUGAAUACCCCCUCCCCCCCCCAAAAAAAAAAAUUGGCUCCUGAUAAGCUAAAUUGUGAGUGCAUGUCCUCGUAGUCUUGGUAGUUGUGUAGCCAUGGCAACAAACAAUUGGCAGCACAUUUUGUUCCCAUUGGAGAACAUGCUGACAGUGGGUGUGUCUCACAGGGACUUUAGCAGCCAAUCAGAAUCCAGAAUAACAGGCCAAUUGCCACUCCUUCAGGUCCUGAAGUUGCAUACCGAUUUUUCACCAGUGAUGUUCAUGUUGUAUAGCUGGAAUUUUCAGCCAUUCUUAAACCUUGAGUGAAAAGAGAGGAGAGUGGGGAUCCCCUACCACUAACAUCUGACCUAACUAUGGAACGGGGGCCACCUCAACAUCUCUGUGACCCCCCCCAACCACUCCUCUAUAGGUACCCUGCUGAAACACCCUGUUUUAUAGGGUUUUUUAUAGUCAUAUCUUGAAGCUGUGAAGAAAUUUCUUUGCAGUUUUAUAAAAGUAGGAAUGAUAGAGGGGACAACACUUUUUCAGAAGGCAUUAAAAAGUGAGAAGUGCACCUUGUACAUAACAGUCCCCUGUUUUACUUCGGUAAUGGUUUCUUGUAGAAACACCUUUCCAUCAUUGAUUUUCUUUUAUAUGCUAAAGUUUGUAAAUACUUUAUAGCUGUGUGUAUGUAAAUAAUAUAGUUCAUGGGGUUUGCUACACAAACACAGCUCAGGAACAGAACGAGCUGGUGGCAACAUUUUCAGCUUGUGUCAAGCUUUCUUUAUGCUGUAAAUUCUGUGAACAGUUUGCUGUGGAGAAGGGGAUUUAAAAAUGGUGAUACAUAUAGGCAGUGUGGGCUAGGUAAACUGCACCUGCUUCAUCUAUUUAUUAUAAGACAAUUUGGAUGAAAAAUAAAGGCUUUUUUCCAAAUGUA